GACAGUGUACAUGAAGUUGACAUUUGAUUCAUAGUUCAUCGCGUUUAUUUUUGAAAAUAAAAAACAAUUUAUUUUCAGUCGUUAUUUGCUAUUUAAUUACUUUUAAAACGCCAUGGCAAACAAUUCAGAUGAACCAGCCGUAUUAGCUCAUCAAUGUUAUCUGAAGAAGGACUAUACAUCCGCACUACAACACCUUAAUGAAUUAGAAAAUCUUGUUGGAAAUAACAGUGCCUUGUUGAAACGUAUACAACAUAACAAAGCAGUAGUGGAGCUAGCUGCUAGUGAUAUGAAGAAUGUGGCUAAGUUCAAAUCAACGUUAGCAGAUUGUACUGGCGUUUCUUUCCCUGACGAAGAUGUCAAAGAGACGGUUUCGCCUUUCGCGAUUUAUAACUAUGCAGUGGUUCUUUACCACUCACGUUACUAUUACCAGAGUGCUACAAUCCUAGAAAAGCUGUUAGCUUCAAAAGUAAUUAAGGACAAAAAGCUACUACAUCAUGUUGUUUUGCUUUUAUUGGAAUGUACACUAUGUAGGCGUACUUACGAUAAAACUUUAGAAAUAGCUAAAACACAUGGCGAGGGCUUAAAAUCGAAUAAUGAGGUGAGUGAUUUGUAUCAACGUUUGGUAAGCAGAGCUCAAAUAUUCCUUGGCCAGAAGGUACAGUUGAAGGCUGAUUCUAUAGAAAAUGUUUGCAUCAUAGCCCAGCAACAGUAUAUAAACGGUAAUAUUAAUGAUGCUGCUAAUACUUUGGGACUUUAUAGAUCUUUACAAUACAAUUAUGGUGUAAGAAAUGAGGGUGAAGAUAUAUGGGCAGCAAUAAACAAUAACCUUGGUGUUAUAUUUUUAUCAAUCAAGAAACCGUACAUAGCUACUAAGUAUUUUCAGAAUGCUCUAAAAGAGCAUUUUAAAACUAUGGAGAGUGAAGACAGUGAAAGAUUAAUUGUGUGUAAGGACAGACCAAUAUAUGUGUACAAUCUAGGAUUAGCAUUACUUGCUACAAAGAACACUGAAGGAGCUUUUGAGUGUCUCGUUGAAGCAGCGAGGCAUUACCCCAAUAAUCCACUAGUAUGGGUAAGAUUAGCUGAGUGCUGCAUUAAAAAAUGUUGUUGUGAUGAGGCUCAGAAGUUCAUAGUUAAGAAACUUGGCAGUGGAUCCCAUACAAAAGUCCUUGUUGCCAAGGAAAAGGAGAAAUAUUCUUCAUCUGGUGAAUCCUUUGCGAUACCAUCACUGUCAUUAGAAUUUGCAGCACUAUGCCUGAAAAAUGCCAUCACAUUACUGCCUAAUCAAGAUCCUCCUGCAGAUGUGUCGGUACCAAUGAUACAAGCUCCUCCUGGUCCACCAAUCAAUUGGAAACAUAGGUGUGAAUUGAAGAAUUCUAUAUUAGUUCUACAGAGUUACAUAUUUUUACACCUCCAAGACCCUCUGGCAGCAUUAGUUAGUGCUAAUGAACUUUUAAGUCAAGCAGAUGCGUCUAAGAGUAAUAAAACUUGGGCACACAUUUAUGCAGCAGAAGCUUUAAUUAUUCUUGAUAAAACUGUAGAAGCGAUAGAACAUUUACAACCAACUAUGAUACAUGAAUUAGUAUCAGGGUUGCCAGAUCAAAUGAGAGAUGUUAUUGGAGUAGCGGUAUGGGCAAAGGCAGCUGUGUGCAAUAUCUUACGAGGUGAUCUUUUACAAGCAAGAAAAGUGCUGCAGCAAAUUAGUUCUGCAAAAGUUUUACCUUUACAAAUGUAUGUGGAAAUUUGUUUGGGCAAUGUAGAGAAUUGCCAUACCAUUUUACGUAAAAUACGCUACACUCAUGUAUCACAAUGACAUAGACAUAAAUUUUUAUAAAAAUUGUGUUUAUAUUUUAUAUUAAAAAGUAAAUUAUU